AUGUGGAAGUCCACUCUCCGCAAGUUUGAAGGUAUGAGCGUCAGCGAGACGUCAGGCUCGCUCGCGCCCGGCCAGGCCACCGCCGAUCUUUCUCCCAAGAUCGACUGGCAUCCCGUCCACUGCGACCCAUCCGCCGACUUGAUCAUUCGGUCCUCGGACUCGGUGUUCCUCAGUGCAGCUCGUUCCUCCCUCUUCAAGUCCAUGCUCUACACCCUCCUUACUACCCGCAUGACCGACCCCGCCGACGCCAUCCCCGUCGACUUUGCCGGAUCCACCAUCUCUCUCUUCCUGGACUGCGCGGUCACCCUCGCCGCUAUCCAGUACAGCCAGCACUCGGUCGUCCAGCUCAAUCGGCUCCUCCGCAUCGUCAAGCACCUGGACUGCGACCGCCUCCUGCCGGUUAUCGAGCAGGAGUAUAACCGAGCCUGCGUCCUUGACCCGCUCGACUGGGUCAUCGCAGCUACGGAGAAUGACAGCUUCGAGGAGGUCAGCAGCGCGUUCGCCCAGUGUGCGUUGAACCCCGAGCCUAUCGCUCGCGCGGUGAUCCUCGACGCGGUCAGGCAAGCGCGGACCACCUGGCGCCACGCCCCACUUCAGUGCCUUGUCAAAGACACACCCAGCUUCCAAGACCUCACGGUCUUGAAGAUGUCGUGGCCAAACGCUGCGGGAUUGGCGGCGCUUUUCGAGGAGGUCAAGAAGGAGAGGGAAGAUAGGGUGAGGGAGGCGACGGCGGGUCUGUGA